GGAACAAUGGCAAAUUCUUCAAAGUUGGUUUCAUGUGUGAUUUUGGGCAUUUUGGCAAUGCGCUGCCUCUCCCCACACAGCUGCCACCUUGAGCCUGUGCCUUUGUUUGUCUUCGGGGAUUCACUUUACGACGUUGGAAAUAACAACUACAUCAAUACUACCGCUGGUGCUCAGGCCAACUUCCCGCCUUAUGGUGAAACCUUCUUCAAGUUCCCCACUGGAAGAUUCUGCGAUGGCCGAGUCAUUCCUGACUUCAUCGCUGAAAAUGCAAACUUACCCUUGAUUCUUCCAUAUCUUUAUCCGGGCAUAAAGGAUAUUGUCAAGGGAGUAAAUUUCGCAUCUGGAGGAUCCGGAGCACUCGAUACAACCUCCCCAGAGUCUGUGAUACCCUUCAGAACCCAGCUGGGAUAUUUCAAACAAAUGGAAACGAAGUUAAGAAACAAACUUGGAGCUUCAGAGACAAAGAAACUACUGUCCAGAGCUGUUUACUUGAUCGCCACUGGAAGCAAUGAUUACGGUGCUUUUGAUCCAAAUUCCACAGUUUAUCAAUCCUACACCACCAAACAAUUUGUUGAUUCAGUCAUAGCAAACAUGAGCAGUGUUCUCGAAGGAAUUUACAAGAUAGGAGGGAGGAAAUUUUCACUGUUGAAUGUUGCGCCUUUGGAUCGAUUGCCGGCCAUCCAAGAGGCACUUAUAUACCAUGGGAGAGUUGAUUGGGCGGAACAAUUUAAGAAUUUUUCUGUGUUGCACAACCAACAGCUUCCUAAAGCUCUCCAAAAGCUUCAACAAAAGCUUAAAGGAUUCAUCUAUUCUCAUGCUGAUUUCUACACUGCUCUGAAUGACAUCAUCGACAACCCCACAAAAUAUGGAAUGAAAGAAGUGAAGAGCGGAUGCUGUGGAAUUGGGCCAUUGAAAGGAACAAAUAGCUGUGGAGGAAAGAGAGGCAUAAAAGAAUACGAGUUAUGUGGAAAUCCUGAGGAAUAUGUGUUCUUUGAUGCCACCCAUGGAACUCAUACAUUAUAUCAGAUAAUAGCACAAAUCAUGUGGAAUGGGACUUCCAAUAUUACCACUCCUCUCAAUGUCAAGUCCUUAUUCUACAUAUAAAUAAUUAAUAUAUAUUAUGCUUGAUUAUCAAUAGAUAAUAAAUGAAUCAUUAAUUUCAGUGUACUUGCUUUCCUCUAUGGAACCGAAAUGAUGAAUUUUUUCAUCA